GGGACUUGAAACCGAAGGGAUAGCUGAAUGACUAUUGGAUAACGGCAGAGUAAUUGGCACAGAGCUCUCCCAAUGAAUCGAAGGAGGCGGGGAAACGGAUGGAGGCGUGGACACCACCCCACUCCGAGGGCGACAGUGAGAAUCCUACGCAGUCGGAGCACGCCGCGUUUGGUCCGCCCCUUAGAACUCGGGCUCUAAUGUCAUGGGCGUCUCUCGCCCUGAGCGGCCUCUACUUCCGGGUCAGAACUCAGGCCUAAGGCGUAGAGAGUACUCCUCUGCAAGGCAGGAAUAGUCGAAAUAGGAUAGACUAGUCUUUCUUAAAGUGACAGGCUCUGGACAAUUGGUGCCAAGCCUAGGCCACGGUAGUGAGGCGGCGACUCAGCUCUCCUCAAUCCGCAGGGUUCGAGACAAGAGUCUCUGGCUUUCGCGCUUUGGGGAAGGGGCAUGAGGAAAGUGGAUGGUUUCCCAGGUGAGGAGAAAGACAAGAGCCUUAGCUAGCCCCUUCCAAGAGUUUGCGGUGUAGACAAUUCUGUCUCUCCAACAACCCCCACCCCAUGCACCCCCGCCACGGCUAAUUGUGCUUUCAGAGCUUCUUGUCCCCCAUCUCAGGUACGAAGAGAAUGAGACUCAGAGAGGAUGGGUCGCACAGCCCUGCGAUCUGAGCCAAGAGCAGGCUCAGGUUUGCCCCACACCCAAGUCGGGUUCUUUACCCGGCUUCGCUGACGCGGACGCAGAGGGAGCGGGAUGGCCCGUUCUUGGCAGGGACCAACCUCGACCCCAGGCAGUCGAUCGCCCUGCUAUGCUAAGGGAUCCGGGGCUACCCUUCCCCUCUCUCUGCCCUCUCCUUUCACGCUUCCCCAGCCCAGCCGCCCCGAGCCUCCGGGAGGGGAGCGGUGCUGCCCGCCUGGCCCGCGUCAUCUGAUGCUGUUUCCUGCAGGAGGGAGAAGAGCGGAAAAAAGUGAAACUCCACCCUCCACCUCUGCCUCCCGCCCCCGGGGCCAAAGUACAAAGGGAGGAGGAAGAAGGGAACGGGGUAGGAGCCGUCGGGGCUGCGGGAGCCCGGCCAGGAAGAGGCAGCCUGGGCUGACUGGGGGCGCUCCCUCCACCCCCUGUGCAGAAGGACCCAGCCGGAGCACGGGCGCUGCCCGUCUGAGGCCCCACCUUCACUUGGCGAGCGGCCGAACCAGGGUCCCAGGACUGCUCCGGGACCGAGGGACGUGCGGGUCCCUGGAGCCGGCCAUGGUGAGGCGCCCGCGGCCUCGGGGCCCCACCCCCUGGGCCUGACCGCACUGCCCUGGGUCGCCGGCGCUCCUCCAGAAGCCCGAGAUGCCGGGAUCUGGGAGGCAGCACUCCUGGCUCCCCAGAGAGGCGUGGGUCUGGGGCUGAGGGCCAGCGCCCCGGUGCCCAGGUUCUGGGACUAGGGUCUCGGCAGCCUGCUGGGGUGGGGCCCGGGGGCGCCCGGGGAAGGUCCCCCACACGCCUGGACGCUGGAUCCUAGCCAUGGAGCCCUUGAAGAACCUCUUCCUCAAGAGCCCGCUCGGAUCAUGGAACAGCGGGGGCAGUGGGAGCAGUGGGGGCGGUGGCGGUGGCCGGCCAGAGGGAUCCCCGAAGGCAGCGGCUUAUGCUAACCCUGUGUGGACAGCCCUGUUCGACUAUGAGCCCAGUGGGCAGGACGAGCUGGCCCUGCGGAAGGGUGACCGUGUGGAGGUGCUGUCUCGGGAUGCAGCCAUCUCGGGCGACGAGGGCUGGUGGGCGGGCCAGGUGGGUGGCCAGGUGGGCAUCUUCCCGUCCAACUACGUGUCCCGGGGUGGUGGCCCGCCCCCCUGCGAGGUGGCCAGCUUCCAAGAGCUGCGGCUGGAGGAGGUGAUCGGGAUCGGUGGCUUUGGCAAGGUAUACCGUGGCAGCUGGCGAGGGGAGCUGGUGGCCGUGAAGGCAGCUCGCCAGGACCCCGAUGAGGAUAUCAGCGUGACAGCUGAGAGUGUGCGCCAGGAAGCCCGGCUUUUCGCCAUGCUGGCACACCCCAACAUCAUCGCCCUCAAAGCCGUGUGCCUGGAGGAACCCAACCUGUGCCUGGUGAUGGAGUACGCAGCUGGUGGGCCCCUGAGCCGUGCCCUGGCUGGGCGACGUGUGCCCCCCCACGUGCUGGUCAACUGGGCAGUGCAGAUCGCCCGUGGAAUGCACUACUUGCACUGCGAGGCCCUGGUGCCCGUCAUCCACCGUGACCUCAAGUCCAACAACAUUCUGCUGCUGCAGCCCAUUGAGGGAGACGACAUGGAGCACAAGACCCUGAAGAUCACCGACUUCGGCUUGGCCCGCGAGUGGCACAAAACCACGCAGAUGAGUGCGGCGGGCACCUAUGCCUGGAUGGCCCCCGAGGUCAUCAAGGCCUCCACGUUCUCCAAGGGCAGUGAUGUCUGGAGCUUCGGGGUGCUGCUUUGGGAACUGCUGACCGGGGAGGUGCCCUACCGUGGUAUCGACUGCCUUGCUGUGGCCUACGGCGUGGCCGUGAACAAGCUCACGCUGCCCAUCCCAUCCACCUGCCCCGAGCCCUUCGCACAGCUCAUGGCCGACUGCUGGGCACAGGAUCCCCACCGCAGGCCCGACUUCGCCUCCAUCCUCCAGCAGCUGGAGGCGCUGGAAGCGCAGGUCCUGCGGGAAAUGCCGCGGGACUCCUUCCAUUCCAUGCAGGAAGGCUGGAAGCGGGAGAUCCAGGGCCUCUUCGACGAGCUGCGAGCCAAGGAAAAGGAACUACUGAGCCGCGAGGAGGAGCUGACGCGCGCGGCGCGCGAGCAGCGGUCACAGGCGGAGCAGCUGCGGCGGCGCGAGCACCUGCUGGCGCAGUGGGAGCUGGAGGUGUUCGAGCGCGAGCUGACGCUGCUGCUGCAGCAGGUGGACCGCGAGCGGCCGCACGUGCGCCGCCGCCGCGGCACCUUCAAGCGCAGUAAGCUCCGCGCGCGGGACGGCGGCGAGCGCAUCAGCAUGCCUCUCGACUUCAAGCACCGCAUCACCGUGCAGGCCUCGCCUGGCCUUGACCGGAGGAGAAACGUCUUCGAGGUCGGAGCUGGCGACUCGCCCACCUUCCCCCGGUUCCGGGCCAUCCAGUUGGAGCCAGUAGAGCCAGGCCAGGCCUGGGGCCGCCAAUCCCCACGACGCCUGGAAGACUCAAGCAAUGGAGACCGGCGAGCAUGCUGGGCCUGGGGCCCCAGUUCCCCCAAGCCUGGGGAAGCUCAGAAUGGGAGGAGAAGGUCCCGCAUGGAUGAGGCUGCGUGGUACCUGGAUUCAGAUGACUCGUCCUCCUUAGGUUCUCCUUCCACACCCCCAGUGCUCAACGGCAACCCUCCGCGGCCGAGCCCUGAGCCGGAGGAGCCGCGGCGGCCCGGCCCGGCUGAGCGAGGCAGCGGCGGCUCCGGGACGCCCAAGCUGAUCCAGCGCGCGCUGCUGCGUGGCACCGCCCUGCUGGCCUCCCUGGGCCUGGGCCGCGACCUGCAGCCGUCGGGGGGGCCCGGCCGCGAACGUGGGGAGCCCCCGCCCACGCCCCCCGCGCCGGUGCUUGCGCCGUCCCCCGUCCAGCCGCCCGCCUCCCCGCUCAUCCGCCUCUCGCCCAAGACCCCCGACGUGCCCGCCUCGCCCGUGCCCCUGCUCCUGGACCUGGGUGCCCCCGCGGGCCAGCCGACAGCCAAGAGCCCCCGGCGCGAGGAGGAGACGCGCGGAGGCACUGUCUCACCCCCGCACCGGGUAUCACGCUCCGCCCCGGGCACUCCGGGCACCCCACGCUCACCACCCCUGGGCCUCAUCAGCCGCCCUCGGCCCUCACCUCUUCGCAGCCGCAUCGACCCGUGGAGCUUCGUGUCAGCUGGGCCCCGGCCUUCCCCCCGGCCUUCACCCCUGCCCUCCCCGCAGCCUUCCCCCCGCCGGGCACCCUGGACCUUGUUCCCGGACUCAGACCCCUUCUGGGACUCCCCAUCUGCCAACCCCUUCCAAGGGGGGCCCCAGGACUGCAGGGCACAGACCAAAGAUAUGGGUGCCCAAGCCCCGUGGGCACCGGAGGCGAGGCCUUGAGCAGGCCGGGCCACAGCCCAGGCUCCAGCUGCCUUAAAGAAGCCACAGCGUACACUGGAACAGGAGCCAGCAGGCCUCUGUAGCUGCCUCAGUUUCCCCCAGGGACUCCACACCCUUUGGGGUCAGGAACACUACACUGCACAGGAAGCCUUCACACUGGAUGGGGGACCUGCAUUCCCCACACACCUGCCACUGGCGGGUCCCCCCGACUUACCUGCCCCACUGGGGCCAGACACUGGACCCAGCUGGUUGGGAGGACCAGAGCCUGUCUCAGGGAAUUGCCCCGGGGGUGGUGCAGGGAGAGGGGGAGGCGCAGGGGAGAGGGGCCGGCCUCAGCUGUCACCAGCACUUUUGACCAAGUCUUGCUACUGCGGCCGCUGCCCCCAGGCUCAGUGCCAGGAUGCCCCUGCCCUGGGAGUCACGGGGGGCCAGGCUCUCCAGGUGCCUUCCUAGUGCCCCAGCCAGGGUGGGGGCUUCGGCCUCAGGAUCCAAUGAAGCCAAAUAAACUCGUGAGCUGUCUCCCCAA